UUGAAUUGAGUUGAGGCUUGGAAAGCAAAAGAAGCUGAAAAACAUAAGUUGCAGAAAUAUGAGAGGAAUCGGAGGGCCCCUUUUAUGCAUCGGAGAUCUUCUGAGCGACGUUGGAGAAGAAAAUGAAGAGGGACGAGAAACAACCUCACCCUCCUAUCAUCCCUCUUCUUCUUCGUCUUCUAAAUCUUCUCUUUCAGAUCUCAACAACAAUAACGCUCCUCCUCCACCACUUCCUGACCUCACCAAACUCUUUCAGGAAAACUACGAUCAACUUAACUCUGCGCUCAAUUCCACCGACCAUUCUUGGACUUCUCUAACAUUGAAGUUAUGUACUUCGCUAGAUACUGCAAACAAGCUGGUUCAAUGUACCAAUUCAAAUGUAUCAUCGUUGUUGGAGAAGGUUGAAGAGCUUGAGAAAAUUGUCAAGAGAGGAGAUUCUGCCAUAGCAGCGACGAAGGCAUUUUAUGUUGCUCCCGAUAAUAGCAGCAAUGCCUUGAAGUGAAACAAGGUUAACAAAAUUGUAUAUUAUGUCUUGUUGAUGAUUGAUUAUAGGUAAGACUUUUUUUUCGAAAUAUAAAACGGUGCUUUCUCUUCAUGGAAACGAGAAAUUUAACUCUGAAAAGUAUGUAGACUGGUGUUGUGUAUUUUUGCAACAUGAAACAUCUAUUGGCUGUUAGUGCUAUUGGUCACUUGCCCCUUUA